AUGACCGACUGCUCAGAAUACUUCACCGUCAAGACUGGAGAUACGUGCUCUACCAUUAGUGAAGUUAAUGAUACCUACUGGGAGUGGCCGACUCAGUUUGCAUCAACCACAGUCAGCCUAGCCACCCCAACUAUGCCCGUUACCCCAAACGACUUUCCUCUGGCCCCAGGGACACUCGAUAACUGCUUCACUUACGAAAUGUAUAGGGAGCCGUUAUGGGAGAGGGUCAGCGCCAAACGGUAUAACUCAUGCGGCACCAUAUCCUCAUUCUAUGGCUGUAAGAUGCACGGCUACAAGCUCUACCACGACUUUGACAUCGAGCUCAAGCGCAGGUUCAGCGGUGGAAGAGCCUACUCCCUCAGGAACCCCGGGUCCUAUCCAGGUAGAUGCUAG